AUAUGAGUUAAGUGGCAUAUCGAGGGGAGGAAAAGACAACGCGCGUAUGCAGAGAACGCAAGCAAGCCAAGUAAUCUGCAAGCAAGCAUAUAGCGUGGAGAACCGGAUUCCUCCUCUUUUUCUCUUGCUGUGGCAUUAGUUUGGUGUGGUAUGCGCAGAGCGUUGCGCGCGCUGGGAUUCCGGCAGUAGGUAGGUGGAUCACGACGUCCGGUGCAGAGUGAGAGACAGUGACACUUGUGAAGAAAACAAACCUUCGAAUUGAGAUCUGCUAUGGCAGACACUACUGUUGAUGCGACGCGACGGCUCAACGUUAAGAAGCAAACCCUCGACGACGCCUAUGCUGCUCCAGCCAACUUCCUCGAGAUCGACGUGAUCAAUCCUAUCACUCAUGGCCUCGGCAAGAAACGAUACACCGACUACGAAGUCCGGAUGAGAACGAAUUUGCCAGUCUUCAAAGUUAAAGAUUCCAGUGUACGACGACGAUAUAGCGAUUUUGAAUGGCUUAGGAAUGAAUUAGAGCGAGACAGCAAGAUUGUAGUGCCUCCAUUACCUGGUAAAGCAUGGAAAAGACAGAUGCCUUUUAGAGGAGACGAUGGAAUAUUUGAAGAAGAUUUCAUCGAAGAUCGAAGGAAAGGACUAGAAGUGUUUGUUAAUAAAAUUGCCGGUCAUCCCUUGGCGCAGAAUGAGCGAUGUCUACACAUGUUUUUGCAGGAUGUCUGUAUAGAUAAAAAUUACGUGCCUGGAAAGAUAAGGAACACAUAGAUAUAUGUAUAAAAUAUUAAAUUUAGGCAAUAAGAACGUGAAAGCUCAUUCGGACAUGUCAGAUAUUCAUUUUUAGUUGAUUUUCACGAAAUAUGAUCUGGAGUAUCUCUCUAUAUAUGAUAUAUAGUGUUUUCCAAAGUAUGUAUAUCCUUUAACUAAACAGAACAAAAUUAAAUUUAUACAAUUUCUUUAUACAUUUCAAUUUUAAGCACAUAUACAUGAAAAAUACGUACACACAUACUCAUAUUUACAGAAUUAUAUAUCACUUAAGCUCUCAAUGAAUUGUACAUUAUCUGAAUGUGAUUUUGAACUUCAAGCAAGAUAUUGCAUCGAAUUUGAAAGUCACCAUAUUUGUAUGUAGCAGUUGUUACGAUUUGUCAAACGUUUUUGAUCUGACUUCACGUGCAUUUUUACUCACGGCAAGAAUAUAUAUAUUGAAAAAAUUGUAGGGAACGUUAAAUACGAUUAAAGAUGAUAAGAUGUUUUUUCUACACAUUUCAUUUUGAUUGAGAGAUGUGAGAUAUGUUGUAAGCAAAUUAUUUUAAAUAUAUUGCGUAUUUCACGAUUCGGACCAUUAAAUGUAUUAAACAUUCGAUUAUAGUCAAAAAUUCGUUUAAGUAU